AUGUCUAAUAAAAACGUGUUUGUGGACAUGGACUGGGACGCUUUGGAAUCAACUUUUGCAGUGUCUCAAUAUCCAAAUUUCAUUCAGCCAAAUCGUAUCCGAUUAAAAGAUUAUAUUAAAGAGAUUUAUGUCCCAGAAUUUUCCGCAGAAUGGAAAAGAAACAUAUUGGACUUGAUACCUCGUGCGGACAGACGAAAACAUUCUUCUUUCAUAAACACAGUAUUGGAUGAAGUUAAAGAUAUGUACAUUAAAAAUAUGAAAGCCUUUGUAUUGAAAUCCAUUCUGUCCUGCAAAAUGUACAGGAGGGAACACGUUACAUGCGAGGAGUGCAACGUUUCUGCUGGCUCGGAGCGAAACGUCGUUCAGGAAAAUAAAAUUCAAGAUCACGCAAUAUUUUUACAACAUCGUAAUCUGUUUGCCAAGAGAUACUUUCUCUCAUAUCCGAUAAUCAGACACAUUAUGAAUACCGCGUAUCGUGUUCUACCCGUGUUAAUUUGUGACUUCAGACGUUACCACGAACUCGGAAUAUUGACACUGUCUUGUUUUCAAGACAUGAUCCUUGAGGAUAUUAAGAGAGGCUCUUUAGCGAUCACCAAUAAAUUUUAUACCGAGACAUUUAGAGCUGUACAGAAGUCGAAACUAUUAAGAAGCGUCUCUGCGAAACGCCGAUCGCAAUUUAUGCGGUGUCUGACGAACGUCUUCGUCCAGCAGAUUCUCAGUGUAAUGAUGAAAUCGAUCGAUCACGUAACAGACACUAUGAAGGACGGACGUUUCUGUCCUCAAAUCGAAUUUCAGCUGGUGUGCGAAAGUGACCAGCUUGUAACGAAGCCGAAUGUAGAGGAGGUCUUCUCGACGUAUCACAAUAUCAUCCGACACAUUGAAGGUAUCGCGCAAGAUCUGCUGCCGUUGGAUGAAUGGUUGAACGUCAGAGCGAGGGAGCGGUACAUAAAGAUAGCGCUUCCCGACUGGUUCGUCGAGAAGUCUCACCAAAAUUUACAGGAGAUACUAGACGCUCUGUUUCAACCGAUGAACGAGCACAUAGCGCUCAUCUUCAUGGAAUUCAGCGGUAUAUGCGCGUCGAGCGCCAAGAAUCGGAUAUUAUCUCUGACCGCUGAACGUCCGAAUUUCGACGCUUACUUCGAGCAAAUCUACACGUACAGCGAGUACUUAAGCAAGACGAACUCUAUGCUCUCCAAUUUGUAUUACAACGUGGGAAAAUUGGAGCAGAGCAGCGCUAAGGAAUCCCUGAGGCAGAUCUGCUGCAACGUCAUAAAUAUUCUCACGACGGAGCUGGUGAAGUAUCAUCAAGACUUCAAUCGUUCGAUCUGUGCGGACUUUGAAGAUCUGAAAUCUGCGGCGCUGGACAUUCCGAGGGAUGCGAAUUCCUUGAUACAGUUGAGCGAACGUAUGUCGCGAGCUUCGAAGGUGCUGAUAAAGGAGCAGGAACAGAAGAUACGAGAAUCGGUCUACAUGCUGAGCAAAUUGUUAGAGAUUACUAUACUAACCGACGAGCAUAUCGAUCUAAACAAGACCACCAUCAAUUGGCUGCACGACAUUCAACCGGUGUUUGCGCAAAACAACACGUUGUGCGAGGCUAUGAAGAGCGAGCUGGAGGAGGACCUUCAACGGCGAAUAAACGCGUUGAAUUCAGAGGUUGACGCGAUGUUCCCGCAGCUCGUCAUCCUGGACGACAUGGACGACGUGAGCAAGGUCGGAGAAUACGCGGAGUAUUACGAGGAGCUGAUCAAGAGGUACAAACGUAUGGACGACGAGAUGCAAGUCAUUAAUUCGGAGGAGAGACUCUUUAAGUUUCCCGAGACGGAGUUUCCGAAAAUAAUCGAGCUGAAGGAAACGAUCGUGCCGUUUUACAAGCUCAUAUGUACCAUUCAUCAAUGGCGAAGGGACAAUUCCGUAUGGCUGAACGGUCCUUUCGAAUGCCUGGACGCCACUGUUAUCGAGAAGAAGACCGUGAAUUACCUCGACGAGAUCACGGAUAUGAACAAGACGAUGAAGUCGCGCAUCAAGAUGGACGCGACGGCGAACAAGUCAUACAAGUUUUCCGGCAUCGCCGACGAUCCUGACCCGAUGCAGCAACCCGCGCCGCUGAAAUUGUGUUGGCAGACCCUCAAUAACAUUAACGAGUUUAAAGUUUACGUGCCGCUCGCGGUCUGCAUGUGCAAUCCGGCUUUGAAUGCGCGCCAUUGGAAGGAGAUGUCCGCGAUAUGCAAUUUCGAUCUCACGCCGAAUGCAGGAACGACCUUGAAGAAAAUGAUCAAUAUGAACCUGAUGGACAACAUCGAGAAAUACAAGGCCAUAAGCUUGGGCGCCAACAAGGAGCUUCGUCUUCAGCAGGAAUUGGCCGAGAUGCUUAAACAGUGGGAGCCGAUAUCGUUCGAGAUGUCGACCGAUGCAGAAUCCGGUAUGGUAUCUUUUAAGCACGCGAAUGACAUCGAGAUUCUUCUUAGCGAACAUCUCAUCAAAAUCGGGGAGAUGCGAGCGUCGCAUUUCGUGAAGCCAAUAUUAUCAGACUUAAUGGACUUUCUCGCUGUCCUCGCAAGGAUCCAAGAAACUCUUGAUCAGUGGACGCGAGUGCAAUAUCGCAAACUCUAUCUAGAGCCAAUAUUUUCUUAUCCGGGAAUAGAAAUACAUUUAAGUCAAGAAACUUCAUUAUAUUUAGAAGCGACGAAUACUUUGUUAGAUAUUAAUAACAGAUUCCGGGAGAAUCCAAAGUUUCAUGAAAUUAAGAAAUCGUCAGAUUUGCUGCAAAUUUUAAAUAAAGCUAAUGAGAAAUUGGAGAAAGCGAGCAAAGGUGUAAAAGAUUACUUAGAUAUUAAAAGACUGUCGUUUACGAGAUUCUUCUUUCUCGAGGAUUCAGAAGUUCAGAAAAUACUGUUCGAAUCGAUUGACACAGGGAAACAGCAUACGCUCAUGAAGAAAUGUUUCGCCGGCGUGGAACGAUUGAAAUUUAAUAAAUCUAACUGUAUUCGAGGCAUCAUCGGGCAUUACGGGGAGAUACUGUAUCUAAGUAAUAACAUUUCCUUAUCCACUGACACUGGAUGCGAAGAGCAAUGGUUAAUUCAGCUUGAAAAAGACAUGAAAGACGCAGUUCACAAAAAUAUUCUGCAAUAUCAUUCUUCGACCGAUGAAAAUUCGGCAUUUGUCCCCAUUGAUAAUUUUCCAAGCAUGGCGAUCGUUUGUAGCUUGCAACUUUAUUGGACCUGCUCGGUGGAAAAGUGUCUUACGCCAUUAAAUGUCACGAUGUUAAACUCUUUACUCACGACGUAUACAAACGGGAUAAUUUCAAUAACUAAUGAAUUAAAAAAUGAGUUAACGCGAAGGCGUAGAAAUCUGUUGACGUCAUUGAUCGGGAUCACGUUGACUCAUAAAGAAAUCAUAAGGUUGCUGCUGGAUAGAAAUAUUGUUAAACAGACAGAUUUUGAGUGGAUUGCGCAGUUGAGAUAUUAUUGCAACGACAAAAUUGUCGAAGUAUCAGUAUUCAAUACAACAGUUAAAUACGGAUACGAAUAUAGCUACUAUCAGCAAAACAUUGUUAACACUCCUCUAACUGACAGAUGCUUUCGUACUGUGUUACAGGCUUACCGUUAUCAUUUGUACAGCAGUGUUGUAGGUCCAACAGGUACCGGGAAAACGGAAACGAUCAAAAGCCUGACGAGAGCUAUCGCGAAGCCGUGUUACGUCGUCAAUUGCAGCAGUAGCACCUCUUACGAUUGCGUGAUACGGACGUUUAAGGGAGUGAUCGCUUGCGGAGCGUGGAUUUGCCUGGAGAACUUCGACAGAUUAAGACUAGAAUUGCUGUCGGCCAUUGCUCAGAAUCUCACGCAGAUGAAACAAGCGAUAUCGUCGAAUUCGAAGAUCGUAAGCUUCGAAGGUUGCAACUUGAACUUAAACGUCUCCGGUAACGUAUGCGUUAACAUCAAUUCGGAGCGAUCGGGAUACGCUGAUCUGCCGGAUAAUCUGAAGGUUCUCUUUCGUUCCGUGUCAUUGAUGGCGCCGGACAUCGACAAGAUUGCUGAGGUGGAACUCUUCGCUGGAGGAUUCCUCCACGCGAAAAAUCUGGCGAUGAAGCUGACUGUCAGUUAUAGAUUGCUAUCCGAACAUUUGGGUGAGAAGCACCAUUACGACUUUGGUACGUCGUCGGUGAAGACUGUCAUCGCGACUGCAAUUAAUACGAAGCGAAAUAUCUCGGACGAAGACGAAUACACCCUGCUGUUGCGUUCGAUGAUACACAUAAAUAUCCCGCAGCUGUGUAACACCGACAUACCGAUCUUCCAGAGCAUCAUGCACGACGUCUUUCCCGAGUCCGUCGUGCUUCCUUUCGAUUGUUCGGCGAUAUUGACCGCUCUGGAAAGCGUAUGCGCGAAGAGACUUCUUACGUUGCAUACAAUUUUCAAAUUGAAAGCCGUACAGAUCGUUGAACUAAUGUACAUUCGUCGCGGUCUUAUACUCAUCAGCAAUCCUUUGGGUGGGAAGACGGAAAUUUUACACACGCUUGCCGAAACGUUGUCGUUAUUGCAUGAUGAAAAAAAUAAAAUUGGCGCCACAGUGAAACUCAAAACGGUCAUGCCAGGCGUAGUGAACAGCGACGCGCUCUUUGGAUAUUUCUGCGAUAAAUCUGGAAUGUGGAAGGACGGUUUGUGCACCACUAUAUUUCGUCGCUUUACAGAAGACACCUCGACAGACCGCAAAUGGUUGGUGUUUGACGGAGACUUGAGCGGCACGUGGAUGGAAAACUUGUACACAAUUCUCGACGAGAAUAAAAUGUUGUAUUUGACAUCUGGGGAACGAUUUCCCACGGCAGAUUCAACGUCGAUCAUCUUCGAAACGACGAGCACGAUGGAAAUUUCACCCAGCGUAAUAUCGCGAUGCGGAAUAAUCUAUAUCGACGCGCAUUCCAUUGGCUGGAGGCCAUAUGUGCUGUCUCACAUCGCGAAACCGUUUUACGAUGGAUAUAACAAAAUAUUGUACGCUCUCUUCGAUUGGGCGAUAGAUCCAUGUCUCAAUUAUUUAAGGGAAAACGGCGAUAUAUUGUUAGAUCAGGAAUUACAUCUUGUUACGUCGACCGUAAAUUUAUUUGAAAUAUUAUUAAGAGAUGCCUGUGAGGACGUCGCGGGAAAGGAAAAUCACUUUGCCAUAUGGGCACAAGCUGCUUUAAUUUUAGCUAUUGUUUGGGGACUGGGUGGAAACUUGAUCGAGGAUUCGCGAGCUCGAUUUAACGCUUUUUGUGUAUCAUUUUGGAACGGCACGGAGAAAGAGCAUCCGAAACCUGACAUGAUUAAACACUUCGACGUGACGCUGCCGAACGAGGGUUUAAUUCAAGAUAACUUCUAUAUCUUUAAAGGUGCCGGAAACUGGAAGUAUUGGGGCGAUCUGCUAAAGAACGAAAAAAUUCCCGAGAUAUGUAGCUUCAAUCAAAUUUACAUUCCAAAUAUCAACAGUAUGAAGUACAAUCAUAUAUUUUUGAAACACAUUAAAUAUCGUAAGCCUUUCCUCUUGUAUGGCGACGUUGCUGUUGGAAAGACGAGCAUCAUGCAUGAUCUUCUGAGAAACAAGCUGCCAGAAAAUUGUCUCUCCAAUUUCUUUAGUUUCACUUCCAUGAUUACGGUAACCAGAACGCAGAGAUUAUUGUUCUCCAAGUUAAACAAGAUACGACGCACUGCCUACGGACCGGGAAGAAAUCAGUUUUGCGUAAACUUCGUGGACGACGUGAAUACAAUUAUCGUGCAAAAGCCAGAGGCGCAGUCCGUAUUCGAUCUCUUACGUCAACUUCUCAGCUAUAAUUACUGUUACGACACGAACGAAUUAAAUAAGGUAUUCGUACAGGACAUUAUGUUCACGCUCGCGGUCACCGCGGGAAAGCUCGACGGAAGCGUACCUCCCAGAUUGUUGAGACACUUCAACACCUACGCGAUUCCCGCUCCUGCAUCGGAUAACAUAUUCAGAACAUAUUUUAACGUGCUGCUUGCCAAUUUGAAAAAGAAUCUGUUCGCGGCGGACGUCACGGGAAGCGUGACCAGCAUAGUGAACGCGACGGUCGACGUUUACAAGUCCGUGAUGAAGACGUUGCGGCCUGUGCCCAGCAAGCUGUACUACUACUUUGAUAUGAGGGAUGUAUCCAGAGUGAUCAGCGGAUGCGGCCUGAUCCAAAAGGAAUCGGUGGAAACGAAGAUAACGUUUAUUCGGCUGUGGGUGCACGAGGUCUUACGCGUGUUCAACGAUCGCAUGCUGGACGAGGGUGACAAGGAAUGGCUCUUCCUAAGAAUUCGCGACGCGGUGAAGAGCAACUUCAAAGACUCCUUCGAGAUCGCCUUUGAUCAUUUGCCCAAAUUCGAGAAUCAGAUCACCAAAGACAGCUUCGGCGACCUGAUGUUCGGGAAUUUCAUGGACAUGGAGAAGGACGGCAGGUGUAGACGGUACGAGGAAAUCAACUCUAUGGAAGCCCUGAGGAACAAGGUUCUAGCUUACUUGGACGAAUACAACGCCGGCUUUAAAAGAAAAAUCAACGUCGUCGUGUGUCGUUACCUGUUGGAGUCUUUGAUCAAAGUUUCAAGAAUUCUGAGCACUCCGGGCGGAAAUUUGCUAAUGAUAUCUACUGUGGGUUCCGGCAGAAAGUCCACGACCGCGCUUGCUGCCUUUAUGCAACAGCAGACCUUGUUUCAAACCACCAUCGAGUCCUAUUACGACACGGAAGCGUGGAGGGACGAAUUGAGAGCAGUCCUACGAGAAUGCGGCGCGUUACGGAAGGACGUUACGUACUUUAUAAACGAAAGACAGAUGAAAGAUGCGUUUUUAAGCGACAUCAGCUGUCUGUUAAGCACUGGCGAGUUACCUGACUUGUUCUCCACCGAAGACAGACAGAAUAUAAUCGAGAUGACGCGACUGCACGCCCAGGGAGGUGACCGAAACGCGGAGCUCAGCGCGCGUUCAGUGAUGUCCUAUUUCGUAGAUCAAUGUAAGAACAGAUUACACUUCGUGCUCUGUUUUAGUCCUACCAGCGCCGCGUUCAGAACAUACUUGUGCUCGUAUCCUAACUUAGCGAAACACUGCACGGUGAAUUGCUAUCAGAUUUGGCCCGACCAGGCGCUCCUAGAGAUCGCAGUGAAGCAUAUGAGAGACGUUAACGUGCGGGAAGAAAUUAAAGCUGAUGCAGCAAAAGUUUGUGUGCAAAUCCAUAACAGUGCGAAGGAAAUUAAUUUGAAAUAUCGCGAAAUGUUCGGUAGAAACAUUCACGUGACGUCGUCGGCCUUUUUGCACAUGCUCAAGCUGUAUAGACAGCUAACGUCGAAAAAGCAGGAAAAAAUCGUCGCGACGCGAAACAGAUAUAUAGCGGGAUUAGAGAAAUUGGAAUUGGCGGCCGAACAAGUCGAGCAGAUGAAAGCCAUUCUGACGAUUCUGAAACCUCAGUUGGAACUGUCCGCUCAACAGACCAUGAUCACUAUGAAAGAAGUGGAGAAUGAAAAUAUUACCGUGGAGCGAGCUACGAUUCUCGUGAAGCAGGAAGAGGAAAUUGCGAAUAAGAAGGCAGAGAUCGCGGGUACCCUGAGAACCGAAUGCGAGGCCGAUCUUGCCGUUGCGAUACCGAUCUUGGAAGACGCGGUAAUCGCGUUGAAUACGUUGAAGCCGACCGACAUCACUUUGGUGAAGGCGAUGAAAAAUCCCCCCGAUACCAUCAAGCUGGUGAUGGCUGCCGUUUGCGUGAUGCUGGGCGUCCCUCCGGAUCGCACUAUCGAUCCGGUUACCGGAAAGAAAUUCACGGAUUACUGGGGCCCGAGCAAGCGCAUUCUGGGCGACAUGAACUUCCUGCAGAACCUGAAGGACUACGACAAGGACGACAUAGCGCCCGCGGUAAUGCAGAUCAUCAAGAAGACGUACAUGACGGACAACAGUUUCAUGCCUCACAUAGUCGCGAAAGCGUCCAGCGCCGCCGAGGGUCUUUGCAAAUGGGUCCGCGCCAUGGAAUCCUAUGAUGAAGUGGCCAAGGUGGUCGCGCCUAAGAAGAAGAAACUGGCGGAGGCACAAAUGGAAUGCGACGAGGCCGAGGCAUUCUUGAACGAGAAACGACAGACCCUGGCCGCCUUGAACGCGAAACUGGCGGCGCUGCACGACAGUCUGCGACAAACGUUGCAGAAGAAACUGAAUCUAGAGACGGAAGUGGCGACGUGCACCGCCAAGCUGAUCAAGGCGGAGAAACUGAUCGCCAGCUUGGGAGGCGAGAAGAGCCACUGGAUGCAAUGCGCUCAUAAUCUUCAAAUAAAUUACGACAAUCUCGUGGGCGACAUGUUACUCUCGUGCGGAAUAGUGGCUUACAUGGCGCCCUACAACACCUCCUUUCGCGAUGAAAUGUUGAUUAAGUGGAAAGAAUUUAUGGAAGCUUCAAAAAUACAGUACACUAAAACGUACGAUUUCGUAAAUGUCCUCGGCGUGGAAAUCGAGAUUAAUCAUUGGCAGCUCUGCGGCUUGUCGAAUAAUCGCUUCGCGACGGAGAACGCCAUCAUUUUGAAUAAUUCGGAGCAAUGGUGCCUUUUCAUCGAUUCGCAGAAUCAGAUAAACCAAUGGAUCAAGAAAAUGGAAAAGAAAAAUGAUUUGAAAAUCGUUAAACUAACGGACCCCGAUUACAUAUCGGUAAUCGAACGAAACAUUGAAACUGGCACGCCAGUUCUGCUGGAAAACGUCGGAGAGACACUCGAAAUCGCACUGGAGCCAAUCCUGUUGAAAAAUAUUUACAAAGACGAAGACUGGUACAUCGAUAUUGGAACUAAAUCCAUGAGGUAUUCGCAAAACUUUCGAUUUUACAUCACCACGAGACUGACGAAUCCAAAUUACACGGUCGAUGUUUUCGCGAAACUCACGAUAAUCGACUUCUCAAUGCCAGAUGGAACUCUUCGGGAUAAACUUUUGGACAUCGUUAUCUCGAAGGAGAAACCGGAGCUUCAGGAGAAAUUCGAAGCGCUCCGCGUUCAAGACGCCACUAACAAGAAAGUUCUUCAACAACAAGAGGACAACAUCUUGAGCACUCUCUCGUCGACCACCACGAAUAUCCUGGAGGACGAGAAGGCGAUACAGAUCUUAGAUUCUUCCAAGAAUCUCACCGUGGACAUCAUGAGGAAGCAAGAAGCGGCCAGGACGAUGACGGAGGACAUUAACAGGUUCAGAGACGCGUACCUGCAGUUCGCCGAUCACUGCGCGGGUUUAUUCUGCACGCUGACCACGCUGUCCAAUUUGAAUUACAUGUACCGAUUUUCAUUUUCCUGGUUCAUUCAGUUGUACAUUACCUCCAUUGAGACCUCGAGCAGGAGCGUCGUUCUCGAGAAACGACUGCAGUUCCUCAAGACUUCGUUCACGAGGAAUCUUCAUUCCAGCGUCUGCAGGUCGCUCUUUGAAAAGCACAAGCUUCUGUAUUCCUUCUUGCUGUGCGUAAAAGUUUUGAUAGACGCGCAGCAGACUACGCAGAAGGAAGUUGAAUACUUCGUCUCCUCGGACUCGAGAGACUGCGAUGCGGUCGUGGACUUUCUGGACCCGAUGCCAGAUUGGUUGCCGAUGAACAAAUGGAGACAGAUUUGCAGAUUGAGCAGCGCGGUGCCGAAUUUACGCGAACUCGCAAAUGACUUUCGCGCCAACAGCGUAACCUGGCAGAAAUAUUGCAACGCGAUACCGUUUCAAAGCCAUCCGAUACCGAGUCCGUGGGCCGACAGUUUGACACGGUUUCAAAAACUGAUGCUCAUCAAAAUCGUAAGGUACGACAAGAUUGUCGUGGAAAUAAUGCGGCUGAUAGAGGACACCAUGGAGGACGUGUUCAAUUCCGACCCGCGUCUUCAGAUAUCCGAGUCCUACGCGGAGUCCAGCUGCCUCACGCCGAUUAUAUUCAUUCUGCCGAGUUACGCCUCGCCCCUGUCGCUCGUCUCCGCGUACGCAAGCGCGAGAGGAUACACCUCGAAAUUUGUCUCUCUGUCCAUGGGUGACGAACAGCAGGCCAACGCCGAGAUCCUCGUGGAGCGGGCACGCAGGGAAGGCGGAUGGAUAUUCUUGCAGAACUGCCAUCACGCCGCGUCGUGGUUACCGCGACUCGAGCGAAUCUGCGAGAACCUGAAUCUGUCCGGUACGUCUUUGGAUUUCCGUCUGUGGCUCUCCAGCUUCGCCACUCCGGACUUCCCGAUCAGCAUCUUGCAAAGCAGCGUGAAGCUCGCGUACGACUAUCCGCUUCGGCUGAAGCAGAGCUUGCUGAGAGCGUACCGGUCGGAGCCCGUAGGAAGCAAGGAAUUCUUCGAGGGAUGCCCCGGGAGAGACAAGGAGUUCUCUAAACUCCUGUACGGGCUCUGCUUCUUCCACGGAGUCGUCAGAGAGCGAAGGCACUUUGGGCCGCAAGGCUGGAACGCGCCGUACGAUUUCGAUCACAUGGAUUUCGAAAUAUCAGUUAGACAACUGCAGAGUUUAAUCAACGAAACCGAGAACGUACCGUUCGGCACGCUGCUUUAUCUGAUCGGGGAGUGUAACUACGGCGGGAAAAUCACGGAUCGCCGUGACGAAAGGUGCCUGCGACACCUGCUAGACUCCUUCUGCGACAGCCGCGUGAUCGAGAACGUGACCGAAUAUUCAUUUUCCGACUGCGUGGAGCAUUCGGUACCGCAAAGAUGCGAGUACCGCGAUAUCAUCAGGCACAUCAGCGACAUGCAACUGGACGCGUCGGCAGAGGCCUUUGCCUGCGACGAAAAUGCUCUCGUUACAAAAGACACAGCUGUUGCCAGGGAAUUCCUCGAAUCGAUAUCUCUCCUGGAUCAAAUCAGAUCGCCGGAUCACGAAGCUGUGCAGGAUCGGGCGCUGCAAGCGAUCAAUGAGAUUACCAGUAGAUUGCCCGCGUUAUUUAACAUCAGCGAGAUACAGGACAGACAUCCUACGAACUCGCGCGAGCCGUUGAACGCGAUUCUCAUCCACGAGGCUGAACUGAUCAACAAGAUUUUGUCGAUGAUCGCGGACUCCUUGAGCAAUUUAGAAUCGGCGUUGAACGGCGAGACCGUUUUGACCGAGUCUUUGGAAGAGCUGGCGAAAGAAAUAUGCAAUAACGAAGUCCCGUGCGUCUGGAGGCUGAUCGACGUCGGCAUCGCGACGAGACGUCUACCAAACUACAUCAACCUGCUCUCGAAGCGCGUAGACUUCGUGCGACGUUGGCGCAACAGCGACGAUCCGCCUUGCGUGAUCCACUUCGACGCGCUGUCUUGCUGCAAGAGAUUCCUCUCCGCGGCUCUCCUCGCGUUCUCGCGACGUCGCGGCGUGCCCGUCGAACGAGUCGCGUCGCAUCUUAGAGUGGCAAACGACGAUUCUACGUACGGCGAGGGAGACGAGGACGCUUAUUACAUUCGCGGUUUACAUCUAUCUGGCGCCCGAUGGGACACGCAGAGGCGUGCGUUGAUCGAAAGCUCGACGAACGUAUUCUGGUACGACAUGCCACCGAUAUGUCUUGUAUUCAGCGGAGAAAAGAGAGCUGAAAAGAGAGUUGAUGAUGUGUACGAGUGCCCUGUAUACAUCUCGCCGAUGCGAUGCGACGGAGCAGAUGCCGAUGCGAGUAUGAAGAACUACAUCACGAGCGUGCUCUUGGAAACUGAUAAGCCGCACGUACACUGGAUAAAACGUGGCACAGCGUUAUUCUGCCAAGUUGAGAAAUAA